AUGAAUCAAGAUUUAUUUACGAACCCAUUUGGAAUUCCUCCACCAUCUGAUGAUUCUUAUGCAGCCUUACAUCGUUUCAUAACUGAAUUCUCGCAGGCAAUUCCUGGUGAUCAGUUUGAUUCGUUUAGAAGCAAGUUGACGAGCCUUUAUGAAGCAGUUGCAUCCAAACUUCGAGGAGAGACUCGUCCACAAGAUGACAUGUCUGAAAUUCGUGGGAUGCUUCAAGAGCUUAGAGAAGGACAAAAUAGCCUUAGAGAAGAUAUGAUUCAAGGACAAAAUAGCCUCAGAGAAGAUAUGAUUCAAGGACAAAAUAGCCUCAGAGAAGAAAUAGAAAGACAACUUGGACUUAUUCAAAGAUCUUUUACUGUCAAUAUGAGUGAUCUUAUCAAAAGCAUCGAUUAA